AUGGAACUUGACGAGGCAUCCACAGCUGACGGCUAUUAUGAUCGAAUCAAGGCUAUUUGUGGACAAAUCAGGGUCAAAGUUUUCGAAGCACUUCAAUGGCUUAGACAGAAUAAUGCUCUAUCUCGUAAUGUUACAAUUAAUCAAUUAAUAAUCAGCAAAUUACCUGAAGAUGAUGUACCGGAGUGUUUAUGGGCAACCAUGGAAGUUUCUACUAAUGUAGAAGCAGCUGAAAAUGAAAGAGCAAGUUACCUUCCUGAUCCGUUGACCAAUGCAUCUGAAUUUAACAAUACAACAGCUAUACCUAUAAUCUCAAGUGCUGUGUUAGAUGUCAAUAGUACCAAAGUGUCGUCUGAUGAAGUUGCUGAACAUCUUUUAGAACGAAUCAAAGCACAAGUGCCAGAAAAAACACACGGAAAAGACACCGAGCAAAACUCUAAACAAGACACUGUAUACAUAAUUCCUCGCGGCAACAAACCGGCCAAUGAAUAUUCUAAUCCAAAUCUUUUAUUAGAAAUCUUUCCUACCCUAUUCCCAUAUGAAUGUGGUGGGCUUGAGGAUGGUUCUCGACCGAUUCAAAUCAAUUUUCUGUUGGGCGGUGUACUUGGUCCUGCAAAAGCGUAUUUCGGCACUGUAGAGAGUCAAGGAAGAGGAUCGCUCCAUUUACAUCUCUUGAUUUGGCUCAAUCAUGAAUAUACUCCAGCACAAUUGAAAGAAAAUAUUCAAAAUCAAGAUUUUCGUGAAAAUUUACUAAAAUAUUUAGAAGAUAUUAUAAAAGAAGAUUUAGAUUCGUUUCGAGAUGAAACCAACGACGGAACAAGUACGACAAGUGAUACUAGAACAUUAAUUGGAGAAAUUGGAUCGACAGCAACUGAAGUUAUCCCACCAUGUCGCCCAACACCAAAUCCUGCAUUGGAAGACUUCGAUCAAACGUUUCGCAAAGAUGCAGUUCAAUUGGUCGAAACCUGCAAUAUUCACAAGCAUUCUGCAGCUUGCUAUAAAUAUUCUAAAGGCAAAAAUGAAAGUUCAAAAAUUUGUCGAAGACGCAUGCCACGUGCACUAGUGAAGACAGCAGACACAUUUGGCACCAAAAUAAUUAUGGCACCAUACACGACAUCAACACAUUUGUGGUAG